AUGAGUAAUCAGACAAAAAUGAUAAUUAUUACUUCAAAUGAAGAUAUUAUUCAUCAAUUAUGUUUGAACAAAUCAGAAAAUACUCGUAUCAUUGAUUUAGAUGGAAACAAUGCAACUAGUUCAAUACCUAAGAAUAACAAUAAUUUAUUUGACCUUACUUUUCUUGCUCAACUUUCUGAACUUAAUUCAACAAAUGAUCAAAUGUACAAACGAGUUCUUGAUUCUCCUCAAUGUAGUCGAUCAAAAGUAGCGAAAAUGUCAAAAAAAGAAAUCGACCUUGUUUGUGUUAUUUGUGGAGAUCAUGCUAUUGGUUUCAAUUACGAUGUUCUUACAUGUGCUUCAUGUAAAGCAUUUUUUCGUCGUAAUGCUCAACAUAAUCUAAAAAAAAUUCGUUGUCGGACAGGACAAAACCAGUGUUCGAUUUUUCAUGAUAGUCAUCGUAAAUGUCAACGAUGUCGACUAGAAAAAUGUUUUGCUAUGGGAAUGAGAAAAGAUUUUAUUUUGAGUGAAGAAGAAAAACAAAAACGACGAGAACGUCUUGAAGAAAAUCGACAAUUGUUAAAUGAACAUAAAUAUUCUACAGAAUUGAUUUCUUCAUCAACUAAUGAACAUCUCUCAGAAUCACUUAAUGAAAUUGAUCGUGUAAGUUAA